UGGCUGCCUUUCUCCGAUUGGUCUCGACGCUUGGGACUUAAGGAGAAUGUGGUUGUUGCUGGAGGCGCGAUUGAUUGCCACAUGGGUGCUGUCGGUGCUGGGAUUGGGGAAUACACACUUGUUCGAGUAAUGGGCACCUCCACCUGCGAUGUGAUGGUGUCGUCUCGAGAAGACAUGAAUAAACGGCGGAUCAACGGUAUUUGUGGGCAGGUGGAUGGAUCUGUUUUUCCCGGGAUGAUAGGUCUGGAGGCAGGGCAGGCGGCUUACGGUGAUGUUUUUGCCUGGUUUUUCUCGCUGCUCGCCUUUCCGCUAAAAACGGUGAUUCAAAAUUCUACUUUGAUAUCUGAAAAGGAGAAAGUGAAGGUCUGGGAAGAGUACAAAAGGGGCAUUUUUGGCGUACUAACCGAGAGGGCUGAGAAAAUGGAACCGAGUCCGGUAAAUGCACUUGCUGUUGACUGGUUUAAUGGGAGGAGGACACCUGAUGCAAAUCUCUUCCUCAAAGGGGCGAUCAGUGGGCUUACGCUUGGGACGGACGCCCCCACCAUUUUUCGUGCUCUUGUGGAGGCCACAGCAUACGGAUCACGGGCUAUCGUUGAACGGUUUAGGGAGGAGGGUGUACGUAUAGAUCGUGUAAUUGCGGUUGGUGGUAUAGCAAAAAAAUCGCCACUGGUGAUGCAAGUUCUAAGUGAUGUUCUUAAUGUGCCAAUAGGUGUUUGCCGCACGGAUCAGGCGUGUGCUUUGGGUGCAGCAAUGUUUGCCGCAACCGCUGCAGGACGUUACAGCUCGAUCGAGAUGGCUCAGAAAAAGAUGAGCAGCGGCUUCGUCACGGAAUAUACAUCGUGCUCAGCGAGGGCAGCUGUUUACGAUACACUAUAUGGAUCCUACCAGCGGCUUGGCCGUGUCAUUCAAAAAGAAUCCUUUUCUCACCUUUGA